UUCACUCUCCUUUUUUUUUUUUUCUUUCUCUAUCCCUUUUGCCCCAAUUCCAUUCUUCCCUCUCAAGAUCAUCAUCAACAUCAAGAUCCGGGAAGAGGAAGAGCAGAUCAAUCCAACAUCAGAUUUCAAUUUUUUUUGCAGAACCAGCCCCAUCUUAAUUGCCGUUCAAUUUCAGCAAACCCCACCUUUUCUUCACCCAAUCAAACUUACUUGUCAGGCAAUACUCCCACUUUUCCCCUCAUCAAAGAUCCAACGCCUCGCAAUUUUUCAUUCGAUCGAUAGUCGGCCGGGCCAGGAACCCUAAUCAGAAGCGGAAGAAAAACCGUUUGCAGAUGCGUCCAAUGGGCGUGUUCAUUUUGCUGCUCAUCUCCUCUCUACUCGGAAUCGGAUUCUACACGGGGGGCGCAUCUCCGGCGGAGAUGGUGCCGGCGGGGGAGGUGGAGAUGAGAGUAAUGGUGAACGACAGCAGGAGGAAGCUUGGGAGCUUCCAGGUGUGUUCAUUGUGCACGUGCUGUGGGGGUGAAAGCAAGGGCUCCUGUUUACUAUCGCCAUGUUGCUAUGCAAUCAACUGCAACAUUCCAAACAGGCCUUUUGGAUUCUGUUCAUUUACUCCCAAGACUUGCAAUUGCUUUGGAUGCCAUAUCUGAUUGAUUGAUUGAGUUCCCCUUUUAAUUUUUUGUGCUUUUAGAAACAAACCAAUUGAAUGAAGUUUUGCAUUUGGGGGUGGGGGUGGGAAGGAAGAUAAUGUAUUCUUAUUAGUAUUAUGUGUUUGUUUGUUUUAGAGUUUUGUUUCUAAGGGAUAGUGGAUAGGAAAUGAUGAUGAUGAUGAUAAUGAUGAUGAUUUUCUUGUUUAGAGAGAGAGAGAGAGAUUAUUGGUAGCCAUUGUUGUUGUUUCUUGAAGAAGUAAAGGGGAUUUUGGUUUUGUGUAGUGGGAUUUGGAAGAAGUGAUGAUGGGAUGAUUGAAUGAAGAAGUAUUUUGGUA